GUGGACGUGUCCAAGGAUGACGAGAAGGAGUACGAGGACAGCUACUACCCGGACGUGGAGGAGGAAGGCUCGCGCCUGUGCGAGUCGCAUGCACGGCCAGACCUUCAGGAGGGGGUCCGCCGUGACUGUGCUUCAUCCGCAUCCUGGGAUAUGCUAUCGACUCCCUCGGAGUUCGUGGACAUCGGCAACGAGACGAUUCAGAUGAUUGAACAGGCGAAGGCUCGGAUCAUAGAUGACCCGGACACGGAGGCAACUCUUGGAGAACCUCGGUCCAACGACGAGCAGAUCGACUCAGAAACCAAGCCCGCUGGAUUGAAGUGGUUUGUGGGGCCGGUGUUCGAGCGAUACGAUGAGACACGACAGGUAUUUCUAGAGGUCGCCAAGGAGGAGGUGACGAUGCCAGGCGCAGCCAAGGACGAACGAGGCAAGGUGCAUCAGAUAAGCUACAAGGCCCCAGUGGUUCCCGAUUCCGAUAUUCCCGCUCUCUGGGGAAAGCGUAGUCUGAAGCACAACAGGGCGGUGGUCGACAUGAUCAACAACAAAUUGUACCUGUGUGGCCCUGGAAGAGUACAGUUCACACCACCGUCGGGGGCGCUCACCUUCAAUCUAGAGGACUCGCGAUCAGGACAUCUGCUGUUGCCUAUCUCGCAUUUCUUCGGCAACGGUAAGGACAAGAAGGUGCGCGCGAAGCAGGGGCCGGCCACCUGGCAUGCGAGUGCGCCGGCGAUCGUCAAGCCCAUGAUCAAGGAUAAGGCGAAGGAGGACGAGGCAGACACGCCGACGCAUGACCCUGAGAUCAUAGUGAUAGACGAGGACAAUGGCCAUCCGAUCCGCACGAAGCUGCUGAGUCAGGCCAACAUCACCUACACCCGCCUAAGUCUUCUGCACACCUCGACCAUGCCCGUUGACUCCCGCAUGGUGGUAACGAAGUCGAAGACGGUCAGCUUCUAUCCGACCGACUCUGCCAAGGCCUACAAAGAGAAGCUGAAGUCCAGGAAGGCAGAGGGACACGAACCGAAGAAGAAGGUCAAGGAGAUUCUAGGUCCCGAAGUCAUGGAUGACUGUGGCGAGGACCUCGGAGAGCUCAACUACCUACGGAACGAGGAGGUGUGCUGGUGGGAGAUGCCGAACAACGAAGUGGAGGAAAUGGAGCUCUACCAAUAUCUGAAGGAGGAGCGACCCUUUGUGUUGGUGAUGGCUCCUCAAUGUACUGGCACAGCUGGAUGGUGCACGGUCAACGAGUCGAUCGGCAGCGAGGUGCACCGUCGCAAUGCGGAGGUCUCUUUCAGGCUAGGACAGAUUUGCGCGAAGGCGGCUCACAUUCAGCUGGACGGAGGACGCCACUACGUCAAUGAGUUGCCGAGGGGAAGCCGUAUUUAUCGAACUCCAGAAUGGAUGGGUCUGGCGCGGAAGAAUCUUAUUUGGGUUCAGCUCAACAUGUGUAUGCUGGGACUCGUCAACUCGAAGAAGGAGCCCUUGAACAAGCCGGAGGAGGUGCUGAUCUAUCGGCUGCGUUCCAAGGAGUGUGAUCGACAGCACCGGCAUGGGGAAUGCUCUGGACGUGACACCAAGCCUUCACAGGUAUGGACAUGGCAAUUCGCUCGUAUCUUGGCCGAUGGCAUCUCAGAGUUGAUAUGGCUUCACGAAUUGGACUUGAGGAAGCUGAUCUACCCAGCCGUGGCGGCGUACCCGAGGAUGAACGGCGAAGGAUACCGGCAGCACGAGCUGCGGGUGCUGGUCAUCGAGUACAUCCCCGAGCAGGAGAAGAAGAGGAGGACGCAGCACCACAUCCUGAAGCCGGACCCUCAGGUGCUGCUCCUGCCGCAGCUAUGGAAGGCGAUGAUGACGUACAACCUCAUCCUGAAGCUGGACCCUCUGGAGCGGCCCCGGACGCAGUAG